UGGGAUAAAUGUACAGAAUACAGAGCGCGACCAUAGAGCUACGGACCGCCACGCUGCAGACAGACCCACUCCGAGUCCCAUCCGCCACACGCUCGGUCGCCUCUCCCCCUCCCUUCCGGCGGCGACGGCUCAUACUGCGCCUGCGCAGUGGGGGUUUCCUCUCUCGGUGCCGGUGCCGGGCGGCAAGAUGGCUAAGCGCACCAAGAAGGUUGGGAUUGUGGGUAAAUAUGGUACCCGUUAUGGUGCGUCCCUUAGGAAAAUGGUGAAGAAGAUUGAAAUUAGCCAGCAUGCCAAGUACACCUGCUCCUUCUGUGGCAAGACCAAAAUGAAGAGGAAGGCUGUUGGUAUCUGGCACUGUGGAUCCUGCAUGAAGACAGUUGCUGGUGGUGCCUGGACUUACAAUACCACCUCUGCAGUGACAGUCAAAUCUGCGAUCAGAAGACUGAAGGAAUUGAAAGACCAGUAGAAGCUACUUCCUGUUCUCCUUGUGAAACCUCCUUUUUUUUCCACUGUCAAGAUCUGUCCUUUUAACAAUAAAAAGGUGAUAAUGGA